CAAAUUUAUAGAAAAUGCACAGAUACAGCAUGGCUAGUCCUGUUCUUUCUCUUUUGGACUGGUUUGGUGUUCAUCAUGGGUUAUUCAGUGGUGGCCGGGGCAGCAGGAAGACUCCUCUUUGGAUAUGACAGCUUUGGCAACGUAUGUGGCAAGAGGAAUUCCCCAGUGGAAGGGGCCCCCCUCUCCGGGCAGGACAUGACUCUAAAAAAACAUGUGUUCUUUAUGAAUGCCUGCAAUCUGGAAGUCAAAGAUGGAGGGCGUGGCCCCACAGCCCUCUGUGUAUCCAGUUGUCCUGAGAAGCAGCUGGACACCCUGGAAGAGGUCCAGCUUUUUGCCAACAUAAUGGUAGGUUCUUUCCUGUGUGUGUAUAAUUUGAAUUCCUUCAACUAUACUCAGAGUUCAAGUGCAGAUACCCUGUGUCCCAGGCUCCCGGUUCCUCCAAGCAAGCCCUUUCCCCUAUUUAACCGGUGCAUCCCUCAGACGCCCGAGUGCUACUCCUUAUUUGCGUCAGUCUUGAUAAAUGAUGCUGACGCUCUCCAUCGGAUUCUAAGUGGAAUAAUGGCGGGAAGAGACACCAUCCUUGGUCUGUGUGUCUUCACAUUUGCCUUGUCUCUGGCCAUGUUGUUCACCUUCCGAUUCAUCUCGACCCUUCUGGUCCACAUUAUCAUCUCCUUGGUCAUUUUGGGAUUGCUGUUUGUCUGCGGUGUCUUAUGGUGGCUGUAUUAUGACUACACCAACGACCUCAGUACAGAACUGGACACAGAGAAGGAGAAUAUGAAGUGCAUGCUGGCCUUUGCCAUCAUCACCACAGUCGUGACAGUAGUUCUCCUGGCCUUGAUUUUUACCCUCAGAAAGAGGAUAAAAUUGACAGUUGAGGUUCUCCACAUCACAAACAAAGCCAUCAGCAGCUGUCCUUUCCUGCUGUUCCAGCCACUGUGGACAUUUGUCAUCCUCAUUCUCUUCUGGGUCCUCUGGGUGGCUGUGCUGCUGAGCCUGGGGACUGCCGGUACUGCCCAGGUGAUGGAAGGUGGCCAAGUGGAGUAUAAGCCUCUUUCGGGCAUUCGGUAUAUGUGGUGGUACCACUUAAUUGGCCUCAUCUGGACUAGCGAAUUCAUUCUUGCCUGCCAGCGGAUGACGGUAGCAGGAGCAAUGGUUACGUGUUAUUUCAACAGGAAUCAAAAUGACCCUCCUGCCCGUCCAAUCCUUUCGUCUCUCUUCAUACUUUUCUGCUACCACCAAGGAACUGCGGUGAAAGGGUCAUUCUUACUCACUGUGACAAGGGUCCCAAGAGUCGUUUUCAUGUACAUUUAUAGCACUCUGAAAGAGCCGCAGCACAGUGCUUGGUCAAGCGGUGAAUUCAGAUGCAGCUACUGUGGGCUUUGGUGUCCCCCCAGAUAUCUGUACCAUCUCAACCAGGAUGCGUACACCGCAGUUGCCAUUAACGGGACGGAUUUUUGUACAUCAGCAAAAGACGCGCACGCAAUCAUAUCCAAGAAUUCAAGUCAUCUCAUGUCUGCUAACAGCUUUGGAAACUUUGUCAUUUUCCUGGGAAAGGUGCUGGUGGUGUGCUUCAGCGUUUUCGGAGGCCUGAUGGCGUUUAACUACAACCGUGCGCUCCAGGUGUGGGCCAUCCCUCUGCUGCUGGUUGCCUUUUUUGCCUACAUAGUGGCUCACAGUUUCUUAUCUGUGUUUGAAACUGUGCUGGAUACACUUUUCCUGUGCUUUGCUGUGGACCUGGGAACAAAUGAUGGAUCGUCGGAGAAACCGUACUUUAUGGAUCCAGGGUUUUUGAGCUUUAUAAAACGGACCAACAACUUUAACAAUGCCAGGUCUCAAGGACCCAAGGACUCAUUACCAAAUGAAGAGGGGACAGAACUCCGGCCCAUUGUGAGAUAGGGACCAAGAGACGUUUGCACUUGGAGAACUUUGACCACCCGUGACACCAAAACCAAGUCUAAAUCUAUUUUCACAUAAACUAGAGCAAGAAAAAAUGUAAAAACUAUGUUUAUAUGCAUCGCUUUAGAAGGCAUGUUAUGGCUGGGCACGGGGACACAUCUGUAAUUCACAACUGAAGGAGGUUGAAACACAAAGACCAUAGAAUAAGGAUAGCCUGAGCUACAUACUCAGGAGUUAAAAGCUAGCCUGAAUGCUACAGAGAUCUUAUCAAUCAAUCAAUCAGUCAAUCAAUCAGGUUGGCUCACUGGAUAAAGGUGCCUGUUGCCAAUCUGAGGAACUGAAUUAAUACCCCUAUACCCACAUGGUAAAA